UGCGCGGGUAGGCGGCAGGCAUGGCGGCGGCGGGAAGCGGGCCCAGCCCCGGAGCGGGUUCCGGCCCGGGCCCCGCGGCGCCUGCGAAUGCCCCGGCGGCAGAGGACGGGGAGACGAAGCCGGGGGCGGUGGGGGCGCCGGGGGCGGCCGCCCCGGCUGCAGAGGGGCCGUCCGCCGCUCCUGCCGUGGAGCCGAGCGCCGGGGAGGCUGAGAGCGGGGAGGCCAACUUGGACGUGAGCGGGGGGUUAGAGUCAGAAUCCGCGAAUGGCAAAGACACACUAGAGGCUGCCGGGGAUCCCUCCGAGGUGAUGGAUACCCAGGCGGGCUCCGUGGACGAGGAGAACUGCCGGCAGCUGGGAGAGGUGGAGCUCCAGUGUGGGAUCUGCAGCAAGUGGUUCACGGCUGACACCUUCGGCAUCGACACUUCAUCCUGUCUGCCCUUCAUGACCAACUACAGUUUUCAUUGCAAUGUUUGCCAUCACAGUGGGAAUACCUAUUUCCUCCGGAAACAAGCAAACUUGAAGGAAAUGUGCCUUAGCGCUUUGGCCAACCUCACCUGGCAGUCCCGAACACAGGAUGAGCACCCGAAAACUAUGUUCUCCAAGGAUAAGGAUAUUAUUCCAUUUAUUGAUAAAUACUGGGAGUGCAUGACAACCAGACAGAGACCUGGGAAAAUGACUUGGCCUAAUAACAUUGUUAAGACCAUGAGUAAAGAGAGAGAUGUGUUUCUGGUAAAAGAACACCCUGACCCGGGGAGUAAGGACCCUGAAGAAGAUUACCCCAAAUUUGGACUUUUGGAUCAGGAUCUUAGUAACAUUGGCCCAGCCUAUGACAACCAGAAGCAAAGCAGCGCCGUGUCCACCAGUGGGAACCUGAACGGGGGCAUCGCAGCAGGCAGCAGCGGAAAAGGACGAGGGGCUAAGCGCAAACAGCAGGACGGAGGCACCACCGGGACCACCAAGAAGGCCCGCAGUGACCCUUUGUUUUCUGCUCAGCGCCUUCCCCCCCACGGCUACCCUUUGGAGCACCCAUUUAAUAAGGAUGGUUAUCGGUACAUUUUAGCUGAGCCUGACCCCCACGCCCCUGACCCUGAAAAGCUCGAACUUGACUGCUGGGCAGGAAAGCCUAUUCCUGGAGACCUCUACAGAGCCUGCUUGUAUGAGCGAGUUUUGUUAGCCCUCCAUGAUCGAGCUCCCCAGUUGAAGAUCUCCGAUGACCGGCUGACUGUGGUCGGAGAGAAGGGCUACUCCAUGGUGCGUGCCUCUCACGGGGUGCGGAAGGGCGCCUGGUACUUCGAAAUCACCGUGGAUGAGAUGCCACCCGACACUGCUUCCAGGCUUGGUUGGUCUCAGCCACUAGGCAACCUUCAGGCUCCCUUAGGUUAUGAUAAAUUCAGCUAUUCUUGGCGAAGCAAAAAGGGAACCAAGUUCCAUCAGUCCAUCGGCAAGCACUACUCCUCGGGCUACGGCCAGGGGGAUGUGCUAGGGUUUUAUAUCAACCUUCCCGAAGACACAGACACAGCCAAGUCAUUGCCCGACACAUACAAAGAUAAGGCUUUGAUAAAGUUCAAGAGUUACUUGUAUUUUGAGGAAAAAGACUUCGUGGAUAAAGCCGAGAAGAGCCUGAAGCAGACCCCCCACAGUGAGAUUAUAUUUUAUAAAAAUGGUGCCAAUCAAGGUGUGGCUUACAAAGACAUUUUUGAGGGGGUUUACUUUCCAGCCAUCUCGCUGUACAAGAGCUGCACGGUUUCCAUUAACUUUGGGCCGUGCUUCAAGUAUCCUCCGAAAGAUCUGGCGUACCGCCCCAUGAGCGACAUGGGCUGGGGCGCUGUGGUGGAGCACACCUUGGCUGACGUCCUGUAUCACGUGGAGACCGAAGUGGAUGGGAGGCGGAGCCCCCCGUGGGAACCCUGAGCAGUCCUCCUUGCCGCCAGACUCUGCAGAGCUGGCUGGGUGGGCCUGCGGGGAUGGCCUUAACCUCCUCCCCCUCCGGUGACCACUCCUCCUGUGUGUGCCAGAAGCCAGCAGCCGCGAGCCCCAAGAUCUGGUAAGCUCCCUGUGGACCUGGUGCUGGGCCGCCCCAUGCCUGCCGGGCCCUCUCACCUCACCUGUUUGCUGAGAUGUGAACGGCCUGCCCAGGCAGCUCGCUGACUUGAAGCCGUGUCUUGUGUGGACAUUGCCUCCAUCCAACCUGGUUUUGGGCUUGGGCCGAGGACCUGUUUCUGAAGACAGCUGAAAGCAGUGGCCAUGACCUCCAUGCCCAUCUAGAAGCUGUUCCCUCACGGUGUACAUUGGGUUUCGGGGUUAAUUGGAAUCCAAGCCUCUGGAACUACCAGGUGUCUAGUACUGUAACUGGGAACGGCCCUCGUCGGCAGCUUGAACACAGUACCCUUCCCUAAUAAACUCGUUCUCAUGUCUGUACAGUGCUUGGGUCCCCUGCGGGUCCCCUUGCUCUGUGGCCGCAGGGUCAGAAGUGUGAGCAGCGUGAGCUGGGAGCCACAGGCCUCGGCCUGUGUUUCAGUCCCUCUCCCACCUGUGUCUCUGCCCCGCCUCUGCUCUCCUUUGGCCAAGUCAGCUUACCCCUUCUGCCCUGUGAAAGUUGCCAUCUGAAGAAGCUGAGCAAGAAUUUCCAAGGGCUAGCAGCCUCUCCUCUGCUUUUCAAACAAAGGCAUUGAGAUGUGCAGGAUCUUGACCUGCCUUGUGCCUCUUCCUCUCUCACAGCUGAUGGGCAGCGUUCAGACUUCUAACAUGCAGGAGAGUAAGGAUGGCCCUCCUUGGGGCUUUGUGCAGUUUCCCCAGCCCUUCUUAGACACUCUGGCCCGGGGUGUUCUACCCCCAGGAGCUCCCUGGUGGGCUCCUCUCAUUGGUCUGACUGUAUCCUUUAGCAGUGACUGGCACACUGGCCUCUGCCCAUUCUGGGUCUCCUAGCAGGAAGCCCACACAGUGGGUCUCGGCCCGCCCUCCGCUGCCCCUUGCAUCUUGGAGUUGGUGUGUGAGCCAGCCCUGAAGGGCACACCUUGGUGGGAGGUUGUUAGCUCAUCACCGUUGGAAGGAUUGCAGGAACAUGAGGGUGCUGGUGUUCAGUGAAGCCAGGGGGAACCAUCUGUCCUGUGAGCAUACCUGUUCCACCCAAGUUGUAGAAUUGGGUUUGUGUGCAAUUAGCUUUCAUUAACUGGAGAUCACAGAAUGAUGUUUUUGUUAAAAAAAAAAAAAAAAAUUAGUGGAGUGUGUUUGCUAGUCAGGUUUAUCUGAGGGACUCGGCAAAGGCCUAUCCGCCUCAUCUGCUCUCCCUCAUGAAAUAGCUUCUGUAAUCCAGUCAGCGCUGACAGAUUGUCUCAUUCUCUUGAAAAAGUACUCAAGUGGGGAAAUCGCCACAAACGCCAAAGACCCCGGCACACAGACAAAUGAGAAGGCACCACACAGCCUGGUGUUGUCGGAAGCCCUUUUAUUCACGCAGCCUGUUCUGGGGAAUCCAAAACCGGUGUGAGCGGCCGGCCUCUCCCCUCUGCCAGUGGCCGCAAGCUCUGAACAACUCUCCCUCUCCCUUGGAAGCUUCUGGAUCAACCGUUACAUUAGCCAUUACCAAAAAGAAACAAACAGAAUAAGUUAUGAUAAAUAGUUGUGUGACUUGUACAAUUUUAGGACCUUAAUAAAUACCAGUGUUUCCAGCA